AUGAGCACCCUGGAGAUAGAGCCCUUGUUGGAAAUCGAUUUGGUGUGCUCCAGAGCGGCGGGGGUGGCGGCCUUGGAGGUGAGCUGCAAGGCUGUGUUGCAGGGUGAAGCGUGCAAUGGACCUACGGGAUUUCAUUCACAUAAGCCAAUGACACGGCUCCUUGUCUACAUUCAGUCAAAUCUCUUUAUUGUUUCUCGUCUUGCUCUAGCACCUGGCUGCCCAAACUCCAUCCGCGAAGCACAAGAAGAUCCCCGGAAGAAAUACGCCCUGGGUGUUGAAGAUAUAAGAAACGAUCUCACCAAAGGGAAACACAGGCCAGAAUGGAUUUUCUCUGCCUACGGCCCAGGGAAAGAUGCGCCUCGCCAGCUCUUUGGUGGACCAGAAAGGGAGCAAAGCUUUGAGGAAAUGCGGGCUAUACACUAUGCUGCUGCUGCUUCUGGCAGCACUGAAAAGGCCAUCCAAGAUGCCAAUAACCUUUUUGCGGUCUGCGAAGCACAAAUCAAAACAGCCCUAGCUGACAUUGAUGGCGCUAUCAAGUACAUAAUCGAUGGUGAAAACCAACAUCCAAAUCGGAUUGAUAUCACAGAAGGAACCACAGCGGCUGUACCUAGUCAACAAAGCCCAUUUGGCGUUCCAACAACCAGUGCUCCAACAUCCGCUUUCGGCCAGCCAACAGCGUUCUCCCAGCCUACACAGGGAGCGUCAUUCGGCCGACCAUCGGCACUCGGCCAACAACAGCAGCCACAACCUGCGUUUGGCCCGCCAGCGUUUGCGCAACCGGCAUUCGGCCAAACCGCUUUCGGCCAGCCUUCAGCUCUUGGAAAACAGCAACAGCUUGCCUUUGGCGCACCGGCGUUUGGCCAGCCUUCUGCUCUGAAACCGUCUCCUUUCGCCCAACCUCUAUCUCAAGCCCCCGUACAACCCAACCCUUUUAACCAGACCAGCAACGCUUCUCCCUUCACUCAACUUCCAAAUCAGGGCCAGCCUUUUGGCCAGGCGCAAAGUCAGGCUCAAGUCGAAUCACCGUUUGGAAAGCCAUCGACAGGUGGAUUUGGACAACCUCAAACAGCGAAUAAUCCGUUUGGCCAACCUUCCCCAGCCCGAGCUGCACCAUCCGGCUUUGGCGAACAGCUACAGUCACAAGCGCCGUUUAGCCAACCGUCUGGCUUUGGGUCAACGCCCAUCGCUACGCAACCUGUAAGCCAAGCGGCUCCUAUACCCACGGCGGCUACGAGCGCUCUAGGAAAUAAAAAGGACCCUUCGAAAUUAGAUCCACUACCCAAACUUGUAGGUGAGACACGCCGCGCCCCGGCAACCAAAAGAUUGUUGGCAUGGAAAGGCCAGCCAGUUCAAUAUAUCGAGAAUGAGCCUUGCUUUCAGCAUCCCGAUGAUCCAACAACGCUUGUCCAUAUUUACUUCCCGGAUGGGCGUCCGGCGCUGGAGUCGUUUGGAAGAUCUGUCAGCAUGCCCGAAGAGUAUACGCCGGAGGGUUGA